AUGUCCGAGGAAUCUAAGGGCUCGCCCAUGGCAUGUUGUGAAGAGCGGCCGAGGGCUGGCUCCCACACUAUAGAGGCGGUACGACCAGUCCUCCGUGACUGGGUUGAAAGACGCUCCGGUGUCCUUACCUUCAGACUAACGCAGGUACUGUCGGGGCAUGGCUGUUUCGGCAGAUACCUGCACAAGGUUGCCCAGCGGGAACCGACACCGGAGUGUCACCAAUGCGGAGCCGGCGUAGACUCGGCCCAACACACAUUGGCUGAGUGCCCAGUUUUUGGCGAGGAACGGGAGGAUUUGGUCGCCCAAGUAGGGCUAGACCUUUCGCUGCCAGCCGUAGUUCAGGCCAUGCUGGGCAGCGACAGUGCGUGGGAGACUGUGCUCACGUUCUGCGAGCACGUCAUGAGAGAUAAGGAGGCGGCCGAGCGCGAACGGGAAGUCCAGGCCGAGGCUGACCCAAUGCGCCGCCGCCGCAUAGGCCGCAGACGUGCCGCUCAUGAGCGGAACCUGCCGCCCUAA